GCAUCAGAUUGAAACCGGUAAAUAAGUAAUUUCCAGCGAAAUGGAGAUGUCUGAGACACAAAUUCACAUUCUGGUGAAUGCUUUAAUGUCAGCAUGUGGCUUUGUUGUCUGUUACAACAUCAUUCCGAAGUUUAAAACGAUGUUUAUCAAUGCCAACCUGUUUGGGAUCGACAUGAGCAAACGGGACAAGAGAAAAAUUCCGGAAUCUCAAGGGAUGAUUUGCGGAGCCAUUUUCCUUGUGAUUAUGUUUUUGUUCAUCCCUGUACCAUUUUACAAACACAUCUUGACAGACAACUCAGAAAAGUCGUUCCCACAUCAUGAGUAUAUAGAAUACAUUGCUGCUCUGUUGUCCAUAUGUUGUAUGAUAUUUUUGGGAUUUGCUGAUGAUGUCUUGGAGUUGAAGUGGCGACACAAACUGUUUUUACCAACAAUGGCCUCUUUACCAUUGCUGAUGGUUUAUUUUGUGAACUUUGAUUCCACAGUCAUUAUAGUUCCUAAACCUCUGCGGUUUUACUUUGGUCAUGAUGUAAAUUUAGGGAUUUUAUAUUACGUCUACAUGGGAAUGCUGGCUGUGUUUUGCACCAAUGCCAUUAACAUUUUAUCUGGUGUAAAUGGAUUGGAAACUGGACAAUCCCUCAUUAUUGCACUGUCUGUACUUAUUUUCAACUUUAUGGAAUUGAAUGGAUGUUGCAGAGAAGCACAUGUGUUCAGCAUUUAUUUUAUUUUGCCUUAUACUGCAGUGUGCUUGGCCAUUUUCAUUCACAACUGGUACCCUGCAGAUGUUUUUGUUGGAGAUACAUUCUGCUAUUUCUCAGGAAUGACUUUUGCUGUGGUGGCAAUUUUAGGGCAUUUUAGCAAAACCAUGUUGCUAUUUUUCAUACCUCAAGUCUUCAAUUUCAUAUACUCGGUACCCCAGCUGUUCAAAAUGGUACCAUGUCCAAGACACAGGUUACCAAAGUAUGAUCCAAAGAGUGACAAAGUAGAGAUGAGUAAAACAAUGUUUAAGUACGGGAAUUUAAAUAUUUUGGGGAAGCUGUCCGUGACUGUGUUCAGGAUGCUGUAUCUUCUGGAGGUGAAGGAGGGGGUGGGAGAGGACAACCAGUACAUGGAGUGUAAUAACAUGACACUCAUUAACCUGGUGCUCAAAUUCUGUGGACCACUGCAUGAAAAAACUCUAGUCACACUUUUAUUAACAUUUCAGAUUUUAUGCAGUUUUCUUGCUUUUGGAAUAAGGUACCAACUUUCCAAAGUGUUUUACGAUUAUUGAAAUCCAAGAGAGAUCAAAUAAAAGCCAGCAUAGAAAUGCAUUAAAAAUAAGGUUUAAGUGAUGUUGAUUUGCCAAAGUCAAGUUAUAUUUAAAAAUUAUUGGAUUUACUCUGCUUUUUAAUUAUGUCUCUAUAUCAGGUGUGUUAAAACAUUAUCAAGACGAUGUCAUGGAAGUAAUAUAAUACAUUUCAUGAUUUAAUAUAUGCUCAUCUACAUUAAUCAUGCAGUGAAAUCUAGAUUACUUUAUUACCAUUUCUAUGACACAUAAGUAUUGAUUUUUUAUACAUGUAUGUCUUAAUAUUUUAAAAAAAUUAAGGAAAACUCAUUUAUCAUUCUUUUAUUUCUGUUGACCAUCUUAGUUCUUUGUUACACCAUAAAAUGUUAUUAUACUUUCAUGUAAGAUACUAAAAUCUGAUUGGUUAAGAUGUAGUUAGUAAUCCGCUCUAUUAUCCUCAUCGUUAGCAAUGCACAUGGCAACGGGUAACACAACGAAUUGUUACAUGCGUGUAAAUUAUGUGCGUACGGUUCGCUGUGGAAUUCACGUCAUUCCAAUAUAAAAGCAGUUAAGUUUUCUUUAAAAUUAAGACAUUCAGUAUAAUAAAAUAAAUAGUGCCUGUUUUGGAGGAUGACAGUUUCAACUGCUACCCUCCAAAACAGGCACUAUUUAUAUAAUGUAACAUUUCAUAUUUUGUUGUUCUAGAAAGUCUACUUUUAUUCAUGGUACUGUUUGUAUAAUUUAAACAUGCAUAUAGUAAAAGUUUUUCUCUCAAUUUGAUAAACUUUACUAAUGUUAAAUCAUAUUUCAUCUCAAAAAUAACGGAAGAUGUACAUUUCUAUGUUACAUGCAUUUUAAGAAGGCAACAUGACUUUGUUAAUGAUAUGUAAUAAUCUUCUAAUGAUUGUAAUGAUUGAUUAUAUUUUAAUCAAUUGGUACAAAUAAUGCUUUUGCCAAAUAUUAUGAAAAACUCAUUCAUUUUAACAACUUCACUAGCCAAGGGUUUCAGUCCACUCCUUUGAGAACCAUAAUAUGUAAUAUGGGGGGGGGCAAAGAGGACCAAAAAUUCUUGGCUUGUGAAGGUGAUAUCAUAAAUGCAUAGAUUUAAACCAACAGACUUUUUUUUUUUUGACAAUCCACAUUGUGUACGUUUUUCUUUCUAUGUUAAGAUAAUUUCCUGUACUUUCCUGUACAGAAACUUUUAUACUAAUAAAAAGAAAGAAAUAUUUAUAACGGCAGGUGCCUGUGUUAACAAUGGUUUUCUUUACUUUUUUGCAGCAGCAUCUAGCCAUAUAUGUUGCUUAAUUUUAAUACGGUAUUCUGUGUACAUGUAACUAUGACAUUUUCAAAACAAUUCCAAUAUUUUAUACAAACUUAUAGGAUUUUUCUUACAAACCUUAUGUUAUAUGUUUAUUAUAUUUUGAUUGCGAAAGUAUUUUUCUAAACUAAGGUAGUUUUUUCAAUUAAAGGGAAUAUUUGCAAGUAUGUUAGCAAAUCACAGAUUGUGUUUCACUGUAGGAAUAACACGGAAGCCGAAUUUGUUUUAAUAAGCAAAAUGAAUGUUUAUAGAAAUUUUGUAAGCAUUUGAAGUUGUUUGUAUAACAUACUAGUCAAUACAAUUUAUAAAUCGAAUUUAUAAGGUUAAA